AUGGAAAAAUCCAAGGAAUCGAGCAUCUAUCGUGAAUCUUACAUGGAGAAGGAAUUACUGGCGCCGUAUACCCACAUAUUGAAAGUCGCCGGUAAACGUUUGAGAAACAAGAUACCGAUCGCAUUCAACACUUGGUUUAAGCUACCACAAGAAAAAAUCGACAAAAUAAUGGAAGCCGUCGAUUUGAUUUAUAAUGGCACUCUUUUGAUUGAUGAUAUUCAGGAUAACACGUUGGUUAGAAGGGGUAUACCUUCAGCGCACUGCGUGUAUGGAAUUCCUUUCACUGUCAAUACUUCACUCCAAGUCCUAACUAUCAUGCUACAAAAGCUUCUCGUUCUACAUCCUAUGGCUCCAAAGCUUGUUUCGGAAAACUUCUUAGAAAUAGUGCGUGGUCAAGGCAUAGAGUUGUACUGGAGGGAGCACUUUCUUUGCCCCACUGAAGAAAAAUACGAUGAGAUGAAUAAGCAAAAAACAGGACACAUGUUCCUGAUAUCCGUACGUCUGAUGCAGCUCUUGAGCGACAGUAAGAACGACUACACAGAUCUUGUUCUUACCAUCGGUUUAUACUUCCAGCUAAGAGAUGAUUACUGCAAUCUCAUACAGCAGGAGGCUUUAGAAGAAUGGCCAUCAGAGGAGGGGAAAAAGAAUGCGACGAACUUAGACAUAUACUGUGAAGAUUUGACUGAGGGGAAGUUCACAUUACCAAUUAUUCACGCAGCUCAGACAUCUGAUGGCGACGCUGUACUCAAUAUUCUACGUCAACGCACUCGUGACGUCGCUCUGAAGAAGUUCUGCGUAGCUGAAUUACAACGAUUGGGCAGUUUAAAGUACACACGCGACAGACUUGUACACCUCGAUAAGCACAUAAGGGAUGAGAUCAAUCGUCUCGGUGGCAACACAGAAUUAAUGGCGGCAAUGGAUGAGUUGUUAACUUGGUGA